CGACAGACGGCGGGUGUGUGCGGCGGGUCUGUAUAGACGUGGCCUGGGAGUCAACGCAGGGUGCGAGAGAUCCUGUGGUUUAUCCGCCUGCCCGGUUUCCCGGCGUCCGCUGCAGUAGAAGCCAGACCUCUUGAUCCCGGGCUCUUUAGCUAGGCCCAGACCCCUGGGACGGGCACUGUCAUUUCUACCGUGUCUGACUGUCAAGAACUGGGCUGCGUGACAACCCCGCAGGAAACUAUGACGGUCCCAUUUUACAGGUGGGACCCGAGAGGCUCCCAGAGAUUCUCCAAGAUGUCACUAAGUGCUGUGGAAGUUAAACCAGAGGACUCACCACCACCUCCAUGGCUGCCUCACAAGCUUCACAGACUGUUGCAUCUCACGUUCCUUUUGCAGAUUUAUGUUCUACGUUAGAACGAAUACAGAGAAGUAAAGGACGUGCAGAAAAGAUCAGACACUUCAAGGAAUUUUUAGACUCUUGGAGAAAAUUUCAUGAUGCCCUUCAUAAGAACCAAAAAGAUGUCACAGACUCUUUUUACCCAGCAAUGAGACUUAUUCUUCCUCAGCUAGAAAGAGAGAGAAUGGCCUAUGGAAUCAAAGAAACUAUGCUUGCAAAGCUUUAUAUUGAAUUGCUUAAUUUACCUAGAGAUGGAAAAGAUGCCCUUAAACUUUUAAAUUACAGAACACCGACUGGAAUUCAUGGAGAUACUGGUGAUUUUGCAAUGAUUGCAUACUUUGUGUUGAAACCAAGGUGUUUACAGAAAGGAAGUUUAACUAUACAGCAAGUAAACGACCUUUUAGAUUCAGUUGCCAGCAAUAAUACUGCCAAAAGAAAAGACCUAGUAAAGAAGAGUCUUCUUCAACUUAUAACUCAGAGUUCAGCACUUGAACAAAAGUGGCUUAUACGGAUGAUUGUGAAGGACUUAAAGCUUGGUGUUAGUCAGCAAACUAUAUUUUCUGUUUUUCAUAAUGAUGCUGCUGAGUUGCAUAAUGUCACCACAGAUCUGGAGAAAGUCUGUAGGCAACUGCAUGAUCCUUCUGUAGGACUUAGUGAUAUUUCUAUCACUUUGUUUUCUGCCUUUAAGCCAAUGCUAGCUGCCAUAGCAGAUAUUGAGCGCAUUGAAAAGGACAUGAAACAACAGAGUUUCUACAUUGAAACCAAGCUAGAUGGUGAGCGUAUGCAAAUGCACAAAGAUGGAGACGUAUAUCAGUACUUCUCUCGAAAUGGAUAUAACUAUACUGAUCAGUUCGGUGCUGCUCCACAUGAAGGUUCUCUUACCCCAUUCAUUCAUAAUGCAUUCAAAACAGAUAUACAAAUCUGUAUCCUUGAUGGCGAGAUGAUGGCCUACAACCCUAGUACACAGACUUUUAUGCAGAAGGGGAAUAAGUUUGAUAUUAAAAGAAUGGUAGAAGAUUCUGAUCUGCAGACUUGUUAUUGUGUUUUUGAUGUAUUGAUGGUUAAUAAUAAAAAGCUAGGACAUGAGACUCUGAGAAAGAGGUAUGAGAUUCUUAGUAGUACUCUUACAACAAUUCCUGGUAGAAUAGAAAUAGUGCAGAAAACACAAGCUCAUACUAAGAGUGAAGUGAUCGAUGCCUUAAAUGAAGCAAUAGAUAAAAGAGAAGAGGGAAUCAUGAUAAAACAUCCUCUGUCCAUUUAUAAGCCAGACAAAAGAGGUGAAGGAUGGUUGAAAAUUAAACCAGAGUAUGUCAAUGGACUGAUGGAUGAAUUAGACAUCUUAAUUGUUGGAGGCUAUUGGGGUAAAGGUUCACGGGGCGGAAUGAUGUCUCAUUUUUUGUGUGCAGUAGCAGAGAAGCCCCCUCCUGGUGAAAAGCCAUCUGUGUUCCAUACUCUCUGUCGAGUUGGCUCAGGUUAUACCAUGAAAGAACUGUAUGAUCUGGGUUUGAAAUUGGCCAACCAUUGGAAGCCUUUUCAUAAAAAAGCUCCACCAAGUAACGUUUUAUGUGGAACAGAGAAGCCAGAAGUUUACAUUGAACCUUGUAAUUCUGUCAUUGUUCAGAUUAAGGCAACAGAGAUUGUUCUCAGUGACAUGUAUAAAACUGCUUGCACGUUGCGUUUUCCACGAAUUGAAAAGAUAAGGGAUGACAAAGAAUGGCAUGAAUGCAUGACUCUGGAUGACUUGGAACAACUUAGGGGGAAAGCAUCUGGAAAGCUUGCAUCUAAACACCUUUAUGUAGGUGGUGAUGAAGAGCCACAGAAGAAAAAGCGGAAACCUGCCCCAAAGAAAGUGAUUGGAAUUAUUGAACACUUAAAAGCGCCUAACCUGUCUAACAUAAAUAAAGUUUCUAAUAUAUUUGAAGAUGUAGAGUUUUGUGUUAUGAGUGGAACAGACGGCCAUCCAAAACCUGACCUGGAGAACAGAAUUGCAGAAUUUGGUGGUUAUAUAGUACAAAAUCCAGGUCCAGACACGUACUGUGUAAUUGCAGGAGCUGAGAACAUCAGAGUGAAAAACAUAAUUACUUCCAAUAAGCAUGAUGUUGUCAAGCCUGCAUGGCUUUUAGAGUGUUUUAAGACCAAAAGCUUUGUGCCAUGGCAGCCACACUUCAUGAUUCAUAUGUGUCCAUCAACAAAAGAACAUUUUGCUCGUGAAUAUGAUUGCUAUGGUGAUAGUUAUUUUGUUGAUACAGACUUGGACCAACUCAAGGAGGUAUUCUCAGGAAUUAAAAAUUCUAAUGAACAGACUCCUGAAGAAAUGGCCUCUGUGAUUGCUGAUUUAGAAUAUCGUUAUUCCUGGGACCACCUUCCUCUUAGUAUGUUUCGAAACCACACCAUUUAUUUGGACUUGUAUACUGUUGUUAGUGACUUGAGUACCAAAAUUGAGGGAACAAGACUAGCUAUUAAAGCCUUGGAGCUUCGAUUUUAUGGAGCAAAAGUAGUUUCUUAUUUAGCUGAGGGAGUGUCUCAUGUAAUCAUUGGGGAGGAUCACAGUCGUGUUGCACAUUUUAAAGCUUUCAGGAGAACUCUUAAGAAAAAGUUUAAAAUCCUACAAGAAGGUUGGGUAACUGAUUCGAUAGACAAGUGUGAAUUACAGGAAGAAAAUCAGUAUUUGAUUUAAAGCUAGCUUUCCUAGUGAGGAAAGGCUCUGAUUUGGAGACUUUGCAACAGAUGGUAAUGAGGAAAUAUUAAACUGUUUAAUUUUUGUCUCUUAAAAAGUAUUAUUAGAUAUAGGAAAACAAUAACUUUAACUUUUGAGAUUGGGAAGACAGUAAAUGACCAAAAGCCAAGAAAGAAGUUCUUAGUAGUAUAAUAAUAUGAUUUUUAUAACCAAUAGGAAAUAAUUAAACAGUUUAAAGAAAUGUUUAAUAUCC